AUGUUAAAAUUACCAUUAGAAUCUGAGACUUCUAUGAAUCAGAAACAAUCGGAAGAUCAGAAGCUAACAGAGGAAACUAUUGUUAAUAAAUCUGGGGAUGACUUUAUCACUUGUAUUUAUGUAGCCAAAAUUGGACACUUUUUCCAUGCCAUAACUACAACAUGGUCCAAAAACUUGACUAGCCAUACCCUUUACAUCAUAGUGGAACACCUCACAGAAGAAACACAUUUCACAUGUAAAAUUGACCUAAAAUCCUGGCAAUUUUGGGGUAAGAAAGGUCUGAAAUCAUUCAAGGUGGGUGGAAAACGCGCGGACAUCUAUUGGGAUUUGAGAUCUGCCAAAUUCUCCAGCAGACCAGAGCCUGUAUCAGAUUAUUAUGUGGCAUUGGUCUCAGAAGGGGAGAUGGUAUUAUUGUUAGGUGAUCAAAAUAAAGAAGCAUUCAAGAGAACAAAAUCAAGACCAACCAUGUUGGAUGCUCCAUUAGUGCACAAGAAGGAAACUGUAUAUGCAAGAAAAUGCUUUUGCACAAGAACAAUGUUAGGCCAAGGGAAAAAGCAACAUGAUAUUACUAUUGAAUAUGUACUUUCAGGUCCAUCUGAUCCUGCUAUGCGGAUUAGUGUAAAUGGGACUGAGGUAAUCCGGAUCACGAAUUUGCAUUGGAGAUUUAGGGGAAAUGAGACGUUUUUUUUGGAUAAUUUACCUGUCGAGAUCUUCUGGGAUGUGCAUGAUUGGUUAUAUAGUGGCCCUAACUCUGGUCCUGGAUCUUUCAUUUUCAAGCAAGGUAAUGAAGGUAGCGGUAAAUUACAAGAGAGAUAUUCAGACUCUGCGGGCUAUAUUAAUGAUGAAAGUUCUGAUUUGCAAUCUCCAUGCACAGAAUUUUGUCAUUUUCUUUCUGCAUGGAAGAUUGAAUAA